AUGAAUUUAUUAGAGUUUGUACUACCAACUGUACUUAACUAUAAUUUGAAAAGCAAAAGCAAAGUAUUCGAUGCAGAUGAAGCCUUCGGAGGACGCGCGGAGCUUCCGCAUUAUGGCAAAGCCAGUAGAAAAUCUUUCCCUUUACUUACAUUCCUUUCUUUAAAAAUAUAUUCUGCACACAUUUUUCGUCCUACUUGUUAUUUCGCAUCAAGUAAUAAUAAUAUACCAUUUAAUUCCAAUUUUCAAUUUACAAGAUUUGUAUAGACCCAGAACAGAGAAAACUCAAUUAUUUCAUCCUCGUUGUCGCAUUAGAUGCAUUCAAAGCUUAGCUAGAUGUUCAAAAAUUAAGAAAGCAGAUGGAAUACAGCGCUUCGCGUUAUCUACAACCGCUUUGGUUUUAUCAUGUUGAGGCGCAGUCCUUCGUCAUAAAAAAGCGAACUCCAACCAUCUAUUUCGACAAGACCGACACAUCGGCGCCAAGGGAGACAGCAUAUCACAUCAACAGCAGUGAUAAAGAUCAUGAUGUUAUUCAUAGUGCGUAUUUCUAUUAAAUGGACCGCAGGACGAGUGCGAAUGCGAACAUCACUUUUGUGUCAGCCUUCUUCAUCCUCGAUAGAUUCAUUUAAACACCUCGCACGACAUUGACGCUAGUUCAUGCACCUGGCAUUCUUUGAACUCACAGUUUUAUGAUCUUCCACACAUCAGCAGCCACUUCUAACAAGCUCUUGAACCUAAGUCACUCAUCAAAAGGCGAGGAUUUGUCUUAUAGAGAACUUGUUCGUUCCAUCCAAAGACUGACCUGUGUAUCAUAUUUACAGUACUUAUUUAACACACUCAUCUCAUUCCCUUCCAACUUGAAAUUGAAUUUGCCCACCUUGAAUUUGUUAUGACUCAUGAUACCCUUUCUUUGUGCCUGCUUUCAACCACCUUCUUUCUGUGCAUGUGCUGAAACGCUUCUUAUAGAUACUACCUAGCAAAGUUGUAAUUCCAAAUCCAUUUUUUUUUCGUAGAUCAAACAAUCAUUUUGAAAGGCAUGCACACUCACACACACUCACACAAUUACUUUCUUCAGCAUAUUAGAUACUCACUGAACAUAGCUCAAGAGGCACACGACCAUGAUGAAAAUUCGGACCCAUCAAAAACACUCAGACUCAAUGUCAUUUUAUUUUUAAGUACUCACAAUAUUAAGUCACUGUCACAUGUCGUACUACAACAACCAGA